UAUCCAGCUAGCCUUCCCGUAUCGAUGCCAAUUGAGAACAGUGUGACUAUGCUCCCAUCAGUUUUGAAGCAAACAAGUUGGUCAAAAUAACGACACUAUUCAUAUGUGAGUCUUGCUUUACUAUAACCACUGCCAACCAUUCAAAAUAACCAUUCACAUAUCAGUCUUUGCUGUCCAUUUACAUACUAGAUCUUCAUUUCAUUCAAACUUUUGCUAAUACAUCAUGGCCGGCGCCGCAAUAGGAAGUGCUUUCCUCACUGCAACAGUUCAAACCUUAGUUGAGAAACUUGCUUCCAAAGAGUUUCGUGAUUACAUAAAAAACACCAAGCUCAAUGUCUCAUUCUUAAAACAGUUAAGGCUAACACUACUCACUCUUCAACCUCUCCUAGAUGCUGCAGAGGAGAAGCAGAUCAACACUCCUUCCGUCAAAGACUGGCUUGAUGGCUUGAAAGAUGCUGUCUACGAUGCUGAAGAUCUGCUCAACCAAAUUAGCUAUGAUUCCCUUCGAUGCAAGAUGGAGAACACGCAACCUGCAAGCAAAACUAAUCAGGUCUGGAACUUGCUUUCUUCUCCUUUUAAAAAUAUCUAUGGAGAGAUCAAUUCCCAAAUGAAAGAUAUGUGUGAAACCCUCAAACUUUUUGCUGAUAACAAAGAUAUACUUAGUUUGCAAACUAUAAGUGUCAGAGUUUCUCAUAGAACUCCUUCAAGUCCUAUGUUCAAUGAAUCUGUCAUUGUAGGUAGGAAAGAUGACCAAGAGAAAGUAAUGAACAUGUUGCUAUCAGAAAGCAAUACUAAUAUGGGCGUACUUGCAAUUGUAGGCAUGGGAGGUGUCGGAAAAACAACACUUGCACAACUUGCUUACAAUGAUGAAAAUGUUCAAAAGCACUUUGAUCUCACAGCAUGGGCUUGUGUAUCAGAAGAUUUUGAUGUUUUUAGAGUUACCAAAAAUCUCCUUGAAUCUGUCACUAAAACACCAUCAGGAACUGACAAUCUUGAUUUACUUCGAGUUGGCUUAAAGGAAAAUUUAAAAGACAGGAGAUUUUUGAUUGUGUUGGAUGACUUAUGGAAUGACACUCAUCGUGAUUGGGAAGAUCUUGUAUCGCCGUUGAUUUAUGGAAAAAAUGGAAGCAAAUUGAUCAUCACAACACGCCACAAAAAAGUGGCUGAUGCUGCACGCACAAUUCCUAUUUUUGAACUAGAUCCUCUAUCAGAUGAAGACAGUUGGUCUUUACUCUCCAAACAUGCAUUUGGAAGUGGAGACUUUUCUGAAGCUCAACAGCGAAAUGUAGAAGCAAUUGGAAGGAAGAUUGCAAGAAAGUGUGGUGGAUUGCCAAUAGCUGCGAAAUCACUUGGAGGACUGUUGCGUUCGAAAGUAGAUCCUGAAGAGUGGGUUGAAGUUCUGAACAAUGACAUAUGGAACUUACAGAAUGAUAAUAUUCUGCCUGCCUUGCGCCUGAGUUAUCAAUAUCUUUCCUCUCAGUUGAAAAGAUGUUUUUCCUAUUGCUCUAUUUUUCCAAAGGACUAUCCACUUGAUAGGAAGCAAUUGGUUUUGUUGUGGAUGGCAGAAGGCUUCCUUGAUCAUUCUCAAGACAAAAAAACUAUGGAAGAAGCAGGUGAUGAGUGUUUUACUGAGUUGCUAUCCAGAUCGUUGAUUCAACAAUUGCACGAUGAUUCUCGUGGUCAAACUUUUGUCUUGCAUGACCUGGUUAAUGAUUUAGCUACUGUUGUAUCUGGAAAAACUUGUUACAGACUUGAAUUUGGCGAUGUGAGCUUUGAAAAUGUUCGCCAUUUGUCAUAUAAUCAAGAAUUGUUUGACAUUUUCAAAAAGUUUAAGACUUUCUACAAAUUCAAAUGCUUGAGAAGCUUCCUAGCCAUUGGCUCCAGCAGAUGGGAUACACAUUGUUUAUCAGGAAAGGUGGUCGAUGGUUUGCUACCCACAUUUGGAAGGUUGCGUGUGUUAUCGUUAUCAAAAUAUAGAAACAUCACCACGCUACCAGUUACAAUUGGCAAUUUAGUGCUGUUGCGCUAUCUAGAUCUCUCUUACACGGAUAUCGCAAGCUUGCCCAACACCAUAUGCAACCUCUACUACUUGCAAACCUUGAUAUUAUCUUGCUGCUCAAAACUCACAGAAUUGCCUGAACAUGUUGGAAAAUUAAGUAAUUUGCGUCAUCUUUAUAUUGAUAGGACAAGCAUAACAGAGAUGCCGAAGCAAAUUGCUGAACUAGAAAACCUUCAAACUCUAACUGAUUUUGUAGUAGGCAAGAAAAAUAUUGGUUUAUGUGUUAGAGAGCUUGGCAAGUUUCCUAAGCUACGGGGAAAAUUACUCAUCAAGAACCUGCAAAAUGUCAAUGAUGUCAUGGAGGUAAGUGGUACUAACUUGAAGAGCAAAGAACAUAUUGAGGAAUUGACGCUACAGUGGGGCAAGGAAACUGAUGACACACUUAAUGAAAAGAACGUGCUUGAUAUGUUAGAACCAUCUACAAACCUAGAGAAACUGAGCAUUGUAUCAUAUGGUGGGACAAGUUUUCCAAGUUGGUUUGGAGAUCCUUCGUUUUCUAACAUGGUGUACCUCAGCAUUGGUAAUUGUGUGAAUUGCAUGACACUUCCACCACUAGGGAAGCUACCUUCUCUCAAGAACUUGUGCAUUAGUGGCAUGAGAAUUUUGGAGACAAUUGGGCAACAGUUCUAUGGCAUGGCAGCAGGAGGUUCCAGUUCUUCAUUCCAACCAUUUCAAGCCCUUGAGAAAUUGGAAUUUAUGUACAUGGAAAAUUGGAAGGAAUGGUGUCCUUUUCCAGACAACAUGUUUCCUUUUCCUCGUCUGAAAACUCUGAAGUUAUCCAACUGUCCCAAAUUGAAGGGACAUUUACCUAGUCAUCUUCCUUCCUUAGAAGAGAUUGAAAUAUGUAAUUGUGUUCAUCUCUUGGAAACACCACCUACUCAACAUUGGCUCUCCUCAAUAAAAAAGAUUCAUAUUGUGGAAGAUUCAGAUUCAAUAAGCAAUACUGAAAGGAACCAAUACUCAUUGCUCGAGAGUGAUUCUCCAUGUCUGCUGCAAGAAAUAGAGAUAAGGAGCCGUCAUAUGCUAAAAUAUGUACCUAAAAUGAUUAUAAACAGCACCUGUCUUCGAGAAUUGGUUCUCAAUCAUAUUAGUUUUCGCACUAAGGUUCCAACAAAUGGUUUACCCACUUUGCAAUCACUUAGUAUUCAAAAUUGUGAGAAUUUAACAUUCCUUCCUCCUGAUAUGUGGAGCAAUUACACAUCCCUUGUGAAUCUUAGAUUAGACCGCUGCAAUUCACUUACCUCCAUCCCAUUGAAUUGUUUUCCUAUGCUCCAAAUUCUUUCCAUCAUUAAAUGUAGGAGUUUGGAAUCUAUUUUUAUUUCAGAAACUUUGUCUUGUAGCUCGUCAGCCCUCAAAUCUUUUGAUGUCAAUUCUUGCGAGGAACUUAGAUCUCUACCUCAACGGAUGGACACCCUCACCGCUCUUGAAGGCAUAUCUCUCAUCAAUCUUCCAAAUUUGAAUUUAUCAUUAUGUGAAGGGGUUUUCCUACCUCCCAAUUUACAAUCAAUUAUGGUUGAUUCUGUGAGGAUAACAAAGCCGGUAACAGAGUGGGGUCUCCAAUGUAUCACUGCUCUUUCAUCAUUGCAUAUCAGAGGUGGUGAUAUUGUGAACAUAUUGCUCAAAGAGCUGUUGUUGCCCAUUUCCCUUGUUUAUCUAAAAAUGGAUGGUCUCUCUGAAAUGAAACCCUUAGAAGGAAUUGGACUUCGACACCUCUCAUCUCUAGAAACCCUUUCUUUUAAUGGUUGUCCGGGGCUUGUGUCAAAUGCCCUUCCCUCCUCGCUGAAAACACUUUAUUUCAGCGAUUGUCCAAGACUAGAGUCAUUGCCAGAAAAAGCCUUCCCCUCCUCACUGAAAACACUUUGUUUAACAGAUUGUCCAAGACUAGAGUCGUUGCCAGAAAAAGCUUUUCCCUCCUCACUGAAAUUACUUUCUUUAGCAGAUUGUCCAAGACUAGAGUCAUUGCCUCAAAAAGCCUUUCCCUCCUUGCUGAAAUCACUUUAUUUCAGCAAUUGUCCAAGACUAGAAUCAUUGCAAGAAGACAGCCUCCCUACCUCUCUUGAGCGACUGUACAUUAGUGAUUGCCCAUUGUUAGAAGAAAGAUAUAAAAGGAAGGAACAUUGGUCCAAAAUUGCUCACAUCCCUGUCAUAGAAAUAAAUUUCCAACUCACAAUAUGAGCCAUGGGCAUUGAGAAGUCAAGGAAAUGAAGAAUUCCAUUCCUGUUUCAGAGUCCAGGUAAUUCGGUAAUUCAAUUGGGUGCUAUUGUUCUUGAGGCUGACAUAGACUGCUAGAAGACUGAGAUGAAAAGGAGAGUUGAAUUUGGUUGGUUGAGAAGGUCUUACUUCAUCCUCGGCAAUAAGGCUUCCUUGAAUUGCUUUCAAAUGCUUUCUAGCCAAACUCAAACUCAAACCAUGAGCUAGAGAAAGUGUAGCUUGGCCAAAAUGAGAAAGAGAAGAAGGAAUGGUAUUCAGGAGCUCCAACAAACUCAUGGUAUUGUUGAGAUGCUCUUCAACGAAAUCAAGUUUCCAUUGACUCAUUGGAAUUGGAUAAUCACUGUCCACUAAAAGUUUUGUUGAUGAAGGGCAAGAGACCAAAACAGCUUUGAAACCAUGACAAAGACAAAGUUUCCGACUCUAACGAUCAGGUUCCUAGUCAAGUGCUAAUUGAUCAAUGAGUUUAGAAACAUGAGAGUGAAAAGCAUGAAGUGAUGUUGAUUUGGUUGAGGCUGACACUUGUGGUGAUUCUUCUUCUUGAUCAAGAGUUUUGUAAAUUUGUUUACUACUAUUGAUAAUUUUAUGUUGAAGUAUAGAACAACAAACAACAUUGAAAUUUCAUAUUUAAAUCAUGAGAGAAAUUUGGCUAUGCAUUAAUAUAACACGGUUACUUAAUAUAACACCAUUUUCAAAAUUUCACAUGCAUUAAUGAUUUAUUGGUUAAAAAGUUCUUACUAAGACUAGUAUUGAUCGGCUGAACGAAGAACAAAGUCUACAUCUUAAUAGGCUCGACUUUUGGUAGAUUGUGAACUGAUAUGAAAGACUACAAAGCUCAUAAUAUUUCAACUUAACUAACUAGAUCCUACCUUGAUACUAAUUUGACUAUUUAAGUCAUGCUUACAUACAUACGUGAACAUCGGCAUUCACCGUGGAGCAACACUGUAAAUUUCCAAUAACAUAACUCCAUUUUCAAACAAGUCACUACUAUGGAAUCACGAAGACCAACCUAAACCUCCUUUAGUUAUACACUGCAUAAAAAUUUCAACUCACAAUUAGCUCAACUUUUAGAGGUAGCACGUGAGUUCCAAUAGCAAAAUGUGAAACAACAACAACAACAAAAUGAAGAAAAAUAAGGUUAACAAUAAGAAGUUGAAGUCCAUAAGAUUGAGUUGAGACAACAACUAGUGGUGCGAGAUUGGGAGUUCGUGCACCAAAUGGAAGCUAAAGAUAGGGAGCUAAGGGAGCUAAAGAUAGACAACAACUUUAAAGUUUUUGUGUAAGAAAUGCUUCGACGUUUUGUUCAACAAAUAGACAUUAUUGGUUUGAAAACUGUAAGUAGUAGGGUUUAUAGUAGAAUGCAUUCAAGUUCAGUAACUGA